UCUCUUUAGGCAUGUCAUAAAUUUUUUUUUUUUACUGUUACUCAUCUCGAUCAUGUCAACACCCAUCAACAAUGCCGAUCUUCAAGAAUAUCCUGUCGAAGCCAUGGAGCAAAUCGAUGUGGUUGCUAAAGAGUGGAUCCAGCAACAAUCAGAUAAAGAAGUGAAGCGUAUCCGUGAUAUUGGAUCAAGUGUAUUGCCUCUUAAGAUUAGUAACUGUGGUAUUAUUGCCAAUUUUGAUAACAAGAAGCCCAAGGCUAUUAAUCGUGUUGAACUCGACACCAAUUGUGAUUUAAGCAAAGUACAACAAAUCAUGGUCUCACCUCCUAUUCCUUAUCCUCAUAAAGAAAACUUUAAAUACGUGAAUCUUAUUUUGGUGACGAGUCAACCCAUCCCAUUUUUGGCUCCUUAUUUAUACAAGACAAACCUUCAAGUAGAACAACCCGAAAGAGAAGAAGGGGAUCGUAAAUUUCCUAGCAAACAAGUUGUACUCAAGAACGACUUGAAAGACUAUCUUUUGAUUAACAAAAAAGGUGUUCGUUCUCGUUUUACUAUUCAUGAAUAUCACAGUGGCGUACUUCAACGUCAAUUUAAAAAGUCUAGUUUCUUUCUCUCAAAACAACAUCGUCAACCUACUAAACUCGCCAUAUUUGAUUUUGACUCGACCUUGUUCUUUUCGCCUCUUUUGAGUCCUACCAUUUGGCACCCGAGUCUUAUUCGAGUGGCUACUUCAGAAAGUGUUUAUGGACCUGGGUGGUGGCGUGAUAUCCGUAGUCUAGACUUAGGACCUACGCAAGAACUAGAAAAGACAGCAUGGAAAGGAUUCUGGAACGAAAAGAUAGUGGCUGAAGCCAGAGCAUGCAUUGAGGACUCAGACACAAUGACCAUUGUCUUGACAGGCAGACGUUAUCAUCCAUUUCAUCACUUGAUUCCUCUGAUGCUUAGCUCAAAGGGACUUGAGUUUGAUGUAAUUGGCUUGCGUCCUGAUCCUGAACGAAUCUCAGAAGACUAUGACUGGCAAGUUAAUCAUGGUGGCAGUGUAUGCUAUAAUCUAUCAGGCUCAGUAUUUCAGUCCACAAUGCAUUUCAAGACAUGCUUUAUCUUGAACAUCUUGCACAACGUACCUUCUCUAAAGCAAGUCACUAUGUGGGAUGAUCGACUACCACAUGUCAAACGAUUCAAAGAGUAUUUAGGGGGUUUGGUAAAGACAGGCUUAAUUCAAAAGGGUCAUGUGAUUUAUGUACCAGGCAUUCGACCCAAAUACAAUCCUGUAUGGGAGAAGCGUGUCAUUGGCCAUAUUAUUGAGACACACAACAAAGCAUUAUUAGCACAUCGACAGGAUGGACUCAAAAGAGGUAAAAUUGAACAACGUAUUCCAACAUGGCCACACUCUGAAGAUCCGUUGGACACAAGCCAAAAGCCAUUGCAACUGUUUCCAUUACCUGCUGCUACUAUUGUUCGACUCUCUUCAACAUGUACACAACAACUCAAACAGACUUAUUUACCUCUAUUCAAACAACAACAACAACAUAGAUCAAAUGGGGGUGGUGAAGAACUAGAGUUCUUUGGUGAUGCUGUUUAUGUCUCAAGUGAAGCCUUGGACAACAACUCCAUUCCAGUGGGUAACAUAGGAGAUCAAGUACAAGUGGCCAUCAAAGCUUAUUCAAACACACCUCAUCACUUUUCAUUAAGAGUCAAGAUCAAGACAAUGACUUAUAUGUUGCCAUUAUGGUUUAAACCUUCGGAAUACAAUGAUAUUCUUCAUGAUAGAAAUGCUCAUUGGAUUACAACACAAGGCAAUACAAUCACAGGUCAAAUUGAUUAUGUCUAUCGUCUUGGUGUUGUUGAAAAGAAAGCAGAAAAGAGAAGUGCCACUGAAGAUAGCCUUAGACCCUCUGUUCGUCCAAAACCAUAGAAUACCCUCUCAUUAAAAAGACACUAGGUGUAUAUGUUUAUUUCU